GCGUCGUCCACGGCUCUAUCACGAGGCUUGCAGGCAGUGCAAACUCAUCUCGACUCUAAUCUGCGUUCGAUUGAGACUUCCUGUGUGGCAGAACUGAGAGCAGGCGAGCGCGUAAUCAGCACUGCCUACAGACUAGUUUACGGUAACACUCUCUAAAAUCGCCGCCUGGACCGACAAAAGUACUCGUUCGGACUUAAUCGGGAAUGAAAGGCUUCAUUCUAACUAUAAUGUUGUUGGAUAGACGUUGAGCGCGAGAACUAGACAGCAAAGAGAUCCUCGGUGCGGGUCAAGCACAUCUCACCCGACCAACUGAAAAAGGAGGAGAGGCCAAAGACAACUGCAACUGGAGGAAAAAAGUGUCUACAAUCUUCACGGAUUGCCACAACGUCGAAGAUUAUCGUGACAUGAUGGCUACGGAGGAACUCUACGAGGUGGAGAGAAUAUUAGGCAAACGUAAGAACAAAAAGGGCAAGACUGAGUACCUGGUCCACUGGAGAGGCUACGGUUCUGAGGGAGACACCUGGGAGCCGGAGAGUCACCUGUCCAGCUGUGUGGAGUUCAUCCAUGAAUUUAAUCGGCAACACAUCGAGAAGCAGAAAGACGGGGCUUUACUCCGUUCCACGCGCAGCUCUCCCAGCACAGCCGGAGGCAACACUAGCAUCAACGCCCGCAAACAAAUCAGCCGGCCUCAGCAGUCCUCAGCGAGCCCUAACACAGCAAAGACCUCUCCACCCACCUCAAACACACCUUCCACAAAACGGCUUCAGCCAGCGCAGCCUUCACCGCACAACAGCGAUGCGCAGCAGCAGAAGAGUAAGCGAGCGGCCGGCGUGAGCGCCACUGCCGUUUCGAGCACAUUCACUGACACGGCUCCGACCGCAACGCCCACAGCUGCCCCUACUGUGAGUGCGCUGCGGCGUAGUAUGGACCUGGCUAAGUCUGGCAUCAAAAUCCUAGUGCCAAAGAGCCCAAUGAACAGCCGCACUGACACAGAGGAGUCUCCCAGUGAGGCGGCGCACAGUCUGGAGCAGGGAGGCCAAGAGCCCGAUGCUGUGCCUCCUGAAGUGGCCUUGCUGGAGAAACCCGCCGGAGCUGUGCGCGUUCAAGGAGAGGAACGGGCCCGUAUGGGCACGAGGCCCAGAACGCAGACAGCCCUUCCGCCACCGCAGAUUCCCAUUACCCCCGCUGCCGUCCGAACAUUAAACGGGAAAGGCGUGACUACUCUCAUGGAGGCCUCGUCUGCAAAUGGAACAGCCAUUACUCAAAGUGGUGCGGCAGGAGGGAUGAGCAGCUCAGGGCUCACAGGCAAAAGGCGCUUUGACGACCGCGCAACUUUCGACAAGCGUCUGCGCUUCAGUGUUCGUCAAACUGAGAGUGCUUACCGCUACAGGGACAUUGUAGUUAAGAAACAAGAUGGCUUUACACACAUUCUGUUUUCUACAAAGACCUCCGAGAACAACUCACUGAAUCCUGAUGUAAUGAAAGAGGUUCAGAGUGCCAUGGCCACAGCUGCAGCUGAUGACAGUAAACUUGUUCUACUGAGUGCCGUGGGAAACGUCUUCUGCUUUGGCCUCGACUUCAUCUAUUUUAUUAGGCGGCUCACGGACGACAGGAAAAAAGAAAGCAUCAAAAUGGCGGAGACAAUCAGAACAUUCGUCAACACAUUUAUUCAGUUCAAGAAGCCCAUCAUUGCUGCUGUGAAUGGGCCUGCUAUUGGGCUUGGAGCGUCUAUCUUGCCUCUGUGUGAUGUCAUCUGGGCCAAUGAGAAAGCUUGGUUCCAGACUCCUUACACAAUCUUUGGCCAAACCCCAGACGCCUGCUCCUCUGUAACAUUUCCUCUCAUCAUGGGAGUCGCUCCGGCUAAUGAGAUGCUCCUGAGUGCGAGGAAGUUGACAGCUCAGGAGGCUUGUGCCAAAGGACUCGUGUCCCAGGUUCUGUGGCCAGGGACCUUCACACAGGAAGUCAUGGUUCGCAUCAAGGAGCUAGUAUCUUGUAAUUCAGUUGUUCUGCGCGAGUCCAAAGCACUGGUGAGGAACAUUAACCGAGCCGCCCUGGAGCAGGCCAACGAGAGGGAAUGUGAGGCACUUAAGAGGGUCUGGGGCUCUCCUCAGGGCAUGGACUCCAUACUCAAAUAUCUACAGAAGAAAAUCGAUGAAUUCUAAUAGGAUUUUCAUGGAACAGUGGAAGACUGGCGUGGUCAAACCUCGCACUUCAUCUUCGUCCAGGACGUAUUUCAUUUUCUUUAGAUUGCAGAAAGCUGCGACUCAUUCUGCUACACUUGAUAAUGACUUCAAUGCAAAGUUUGUGAUGAAUCUUGCACUGCGCAGAAGGACAGAAUGCCAAUAUAUGUCAAUUCCUGUCAUCUUUCUGCUCAAUUUCUGUUGUAUCAAGUAAUGAAUUGCUUUUUGUCAUAGAGGUUUAUACAGAUUUGGGCUACUUUUCGAAGCACCACCUAUGCAGACCGAUUGAGAAAAGAUGGAUAAUAGUGUAAUUUAAGAAAGGGAUGCAUGAGACUUGAGUUGAAUUUUGCUCAUUUUGGAUAUCGUUACACUAACAGAUUGUAAUUAGUAUCAAGUCUUUAGCAGUCUUUUCUUCAGUAGGUACUUUUUAUUCAGCAAACAGAAAGCCUUGAUCAUCGUGAAUAUUCAAGCAAAUCCUGCCGGCAUUUACAUCAGCCAGCCCUUUAAAGUCACUUUUAUGAAUUGAUGGUUAUAUCAAGAAAAACAGACACUGGCGAUAACAAAAAAUGACACCAGUGCUUAAAGAUCUAGCAUCAGUGCUGUUACACAGACUACUAAUUGAAUUUCUGAUUUACAUAACGAUCAAGUCAACAAAAUGAAUACUUAUGGAUUUGCAAGGCUCUGGCUUAGUAGGAAAUCAGUUAUUUGUAUCAAAGUUAACAUUUAAAGUUUUCUGCUUAGAGUUUCAUACAAACUGUUUGCUUUGGAGUAACAUACCACCAAAUAAUUUUGAUGUAAAUGUUUUUGACACAGUAUCUCUAAUUUAAUAACUUAUGAUAUUAUGAAAUUGAAUGAGGUAUGUUCCUCACAAGUCAAUAAAGGAUGCUGGUGUUUUUAAAUCUGCAUCCUUCUUUUUCUGCUGGUUCAAACGGACUUGGACUGCUGUAUCAUCAGAAGAGCCCUUGAGAUAAACAACCAUCUCUAAGGGGAGAUCCUACUGAAAUCCAUCCAAACAUCUGUAAUGACUGGCUAGUAUGCACUGUUAUUAAAUGGAACGGAUUUCUUAUUACAAUUUUUUUAUAACAUGGGUGGGGAUGGAGUCAGAAAAUGCGUUGUGAGACUGUCCACAUAAAAAUUGCAUAAAAUGUGACUUUGCAAAAUUAUCUUUUUCUUAGUGCUAAAGUCCUACCUCUCAAAAACCAUAUUUUUUUUUUUUUUUAAGCAGUGAAGCUUCCUUUUUUCAAAAUCUCAUGCUAAAGCAUGUUUCUGGUACAGAUAUCUAUGCACUAUUCCUUAUUCAGCUCCAAACCUUUGCUUACAAUUGGUAUGUUUGACAAAUACUUUACAGGAAAAAAAAUAAUCCGCUCGGCCCCAGCGAUUAAAAUGUGUAACUUAUGUAUGUUAUUAUUAAUUGUAUUCAGUAUUUAUUGACCAUAGUUCGCUGAAGUGGUUCCUUAACAUGGAUCAAUUAACAGAUGGUUGUGUAUGUUUUUCCUUUCCCAAAUGGUUUUGUAAAAUUAAUUCUUGUUUACGAAAUUAUAUUUAUGAUUGUGGAAAUAGAAUUGUUUGGAUUAUUUCUCUUAUACCUAUUGAAUGCUUUUUUUAGUUCUUACUUUAAUUGGAGAUUUUUACAAAACAGGUUAUAUUUGAUUAUGAAGUGCAUUGUGACAUUAAUAAUGUCUUAUACCUUUUAACUUGUGGUAUGUAAACUGCUUCGUUGACUGUCAAAGAAACUUUGAUCCGUGAUAAUUAACAUUCGAUAUCUGUUAUUAACCCUGAAAGACAAAACCAGAAACGCGUCUUUAUUUUCUUAAUGCAGCUUUGCGAUAUCUAAAAUGUUUUUCGUUUUUGUAAAUUUGAGACUUUGAGCUCAGCCCUCUCUCCAUUAUGGAUGUCUUUUGAAUUCUGUAUACAGGGUGUUGUAGUUUGAUGUAAAACAUUGCUGACUCUAUUCCUGGGGAAAAUAACUUUGUUCCAGUCACUUCACUGACAAAAGUAUAUCUAUUAUCAGCAUUUUCUGACUUUCAGCAUAGCUGUACAUAAUGUGAUCUGCCUUUAGUUUCAAAUGCUGGUCAUAUAUAUAUAUAUAAAAAAAUGGCAAGGCUUAUUUCUUAUAGUUGAUAUACUAAAUAAUGCUAUAAAUUGUACAAUCUGUAAAGAUUAUUUUUAGGUUUCUGAACAUGUAACAGCUGUGAAAAUGACUGGUCCAAAUAAAUUGAUAUUAUAUACUUUUUUUUUUUACUUACUGUUGUCCUCUUAUAAUUUAAUAAAAAAACACUUGAAACAACA